GUCGUCGGGUGCGGACGUAACGUUGUGUUUAGUGUUACCAAAUUGUGUCUGAACUUAAAUUGACGUGGUUUUUUUUUGUGAUAAUGGAUGUUUAGGUGCGAGGAUUUCAACAUUUUAUAACGUCGCGAGUAGCAUGGCCUGAAAGCAUGUUCCGAACGGCGUCAGUCGAAGGCUCCGGCCCCAGGACGCCGCCAGCCUACGCGCCCCAUCCACCCUUCGUCCCGCCCCGGUUCUUUCCGCCGCGAAUCCGGCCCCCACCGCCCCAAUACUGUUUUGAUGCUGCCCGUUUCGCCUGCGAUGCGUCCAAGCCACGCUACCUGGACGUAGAAAGAGAGAGGCUAGUUACCCGAUGGCUGGCUGAAGCUAAUGAAGCCUUGGUUCGCCGAGAUAGGCCUCCAAGGUACAAGCCACGCAGCAGCGAAAGGCGCUUAGAAUACUUGGACAGAAGACCGUCAGAAUGGGCGGAUAACUUUCUUUUGGGACGGCGCAAUGGUUCCGUCGAGCCCGAAGAGGAAAGUGAAUCUAUGACUUUGAAGGAAUUUGUGGAUAAGUUCUCUCUGCCGCGUGUGGUUAAGCUGGAAGGCGAGGAAAGGGCUGUGUUGUUGUAUCGUGUUUUGGAAGCUCAUAGGCGCGUGGAAGCUGUGCCACUAUCAGGGAAGAAGGGGAAGCUGGUGGGGAAACCGCUGUAUAUUCCUGAUUCGUAUGAUGGUUGGUUUUCAACAUGCAGCUGUCGGGGCGGAGCGCUAGCCACUCCUCGGGCGUCCAUAUCUGCCUUAUUGCGGAAUCGAGCCUUCGCCCUCGUGUCUCCGCGAGCCAUAUCUGCAUACCGGGCGAGGCCGGCCUCAGACAGCGGUCGUGUGGGAGCGCAGUAUGAGAGAGCGGCUGCAAGACCUGGGACUCCCCUGCGCCUGGCAGGGGUCUUCGCCGAUGGCAGCAAGGCGAAAGCACCGAAAUAUGCCCAACUCAUCGACCCUCAGGGCAAUGAACUGUUCGUGCCUCUAAACACCAAAGGUGAACUCUACGAAGUGUGCCCCGAAGAGUUGUCACCUGCGGAAUGGGAGGACGCCACAGACUCAACCCCGCCAGUGGAAGUGUCAGCUAGAGCGCACAGACUGCCGCAUUUGCUUAGUCUAUGGCGACUUCCCACCAGAGUUAGGCUGCUGGCCGGCACAGUUCCUAUUGAGAUGGCGCAUGAUGUUGGAGAUGAUCUUCUGUUACGAGAAGCUGUCACUGAACCAGUUUUAGUCAUGUGCACUCUCCCCGAUUAUAACUCGCAACCCAAUAUCAACAAGCAAGCCGACCCUAGGUAUCAUGCCAAGGAGACCCUUCAGCUUCUCCCACUUAACAGCAAUAUUAAGAUCCGUCGCACCCAACUUGGCUUUGAAAGUGAGAAGAGAAUGUUCCUAUCCGCGCGCCUUCAAAAAGCUCUCACCUUCUGUCAACUAAAUGUUGACAACUGGAUAAGACAGAUCUCAUACGCAAACUCAACGGUCGUCAGCAAAGCGAAAACGGCUACAGAUCUCAUGAAAGAAGACCACGAACCGGUGAAGUUCGAAAAGGAAAGGAAAUUUACGCUACAAGGCCUAAAAAUUGACACGUCACGUCUCUUUGGAAAAAGUGAAAAAGUACUGAAGGAUAUCCCAGACGAAACUGAAGGGUCCAUUAUUUUUCUUAGUAAGAACGAACUCGAACAUAUGAAUUACGACGUCUACAGUGACGACGAAGGUAAAGACGAUAAGCAAGAUGAUAAAAUUGAACAUGAAGAGUUUUCACAUGAAAAAUCUAAUGGUUACCGAGAAGAUUCUGCUAAUAAGAAAAGUAAAUGGUUUAAAAAUUUAAAAUUAUUAAAGAGCACGGAUAAACUAGAUGAUAAGAUAACUGCAAUAGAAAAUUCUGAAAGAUAUAAGGAUAUCAAAGAUCCUUUCGAUCCCUUAGGUGAAAAACAUAGUUCAAUUGAGAGAUACCAAGACAUGGCGAAAUUAAUUGAAGAUAGAUUUGGUGUGUUUAGGAAAAAUGAUGGUACGGCAGAGAAGAGCCAUUCAUAUAAAAGUUUGACUACUUCUUCGUCUGAAAUGGGAACUAGCAAUUGUAGCUCGAGUCACAAGAAACCAGUACUAACUAAAUCAGUAUCCGUGCAAACUGGUAUGCCGGAAAGCCCGUGCACAGAAGAAGACAGUGGCAUCGACAUGAAACAUGGCCGAAAAAAUUUAAGCGUAGAUCAAAUUAACUAUUGUGGCUCCAUGGAAAGUAGCUCUAGCUCGGGCAGGAAACUGAAAUCAUUGGAUGAGAACAUGCUCAAGAAGUCUUCAGCGACAAAGUCAUCCACACAUUUGGAGAGGCGACAAAGGAUACAGCCGGAUUUGAUUCCCGAAAAGGCUAUUGCAAAAUCAGAGUCAUACAAUCAAAUCCAGAGUUGUGAGGAAAUCAAUAUGUUUGGAGCUGGGUCGAUAUACAAUGAUAGCGAGUUCGAAGUCAAUUCCAAACAACAUUCAUUUAUUACUGAAAAGUUGUGUUCAGAAUUUCAUGUUAAAACCAAACGAGUUCUGAGUAAAUCCACUUCUAACUUACUUCAUCCUAAAAAAACGAAUGACAAGAAAGAAGGCGGUAAUAGCAAUAGUAUGCCAACCAAAACGGAACGAACCGAUGAAAAAUCUGUUAACUUUAGAAAAAAGAUUGACAAGCCUCGUGCCCCAACACCGCGUUCAGAAAUAGACGAAGACCUAUCCGCAGUCGACAUUUCAGAAGAAGAACCACAGAUCCAAAAGAAAGUGCGGCGUUCGAUAUCUUCAAUCCAAAAGAGAAAACUACCUGUGAUAGAAGAUUUACCGUACGGUCAAGUAGCAGACGCGGUCGAAAUAGAAGAAGAAAAAAUAGAAACAGAUUCAAACUCGGACAACAUUUAUGCGGAGAUCUGCACUCCACCAAUCAAAACAAAUGACGACGACUACGACUCGAAUGAUGUCUUAGCAAACGACCCAGUUAUCUGUAUCGUUAAAAAGGAAGUCAUCACUCGCAAUGAUGAAAGAGCGAGACAGAUGAUCGAAAACCAAGACAAUGCCUUCCGUCACAUUGAAGUUGUAGUAAUAGAGAAGACAACGAACUUCGACUUGGACGAUUCCAGCCUUGCAUCAAGCGAUUUUGAUGAAACGGGAAGCAAGAACGACGUCUCGAUAAUAGACUCUUGGGAGCGUGAUAACGUAAAAGUUGAACCAAAACAUGCUAUUAGGUUAGAAAUCACCAGCAAUAUGGAUGACUAUCCGGAGAGCCAUAAUCAAAGCUUAGAUAGGACAGAGAUACAUUUAGGUAAAGAUAAUGUGAUUAGUUUUAGUAACAGUAUCCAUUUAAAUGGUACAUAUCCCAACGAGGCCAUUUAUGAUACUCUAAAAUAAGUCACAAUAAGUCAUAGAUUAAAUAGUGUCGUCUUCAAUUCGCCUAAACUCUGCGCUUACUUAUAUUGUACUACCGGUGUAGGUCCGGUUUGACAUGCUACAACCACGAGGUUUAAGAACAAAACAUAAAAAUAAAUUUCAAUUAUCCAAAAAACCAGUUGGCAGAUCGUCAAAAUGUCGAAUUCCAUAAAUAAUAGAGCAGUUUGUCUUAAUUGUUUUGGGGCCCUAUCACAUUGCCAGUGCUAUUAUUUUCUCCCCUGAUCAAAUACAAUUUAUCUUUCCACUCAUAGGUUUGUGAUAAUUAUGAUGUUAUUAUGUCUAUCUGCUCAUAUUUAAAAUAUCAGUAACGUAAGCUAAAACAUAACAAUACUUAAUAUUGGAUCUGCUUGGUGGCUGGCUUAACUGAGAGUACAUUAAAUUGACAGUUGUAUCUGUAAAUAUAAUCUGUAGACAUAACUAAAUACUGGCUAUCGACAAAGUUUUAAGCACAGACUAGCAAACAAAUAGAAUAAGUUGUAUACAAUUAGAUAAUUGCAAAUUUUUCAUUUAGUCAAUUGUGUUUGAAGCUUGGCAAAAUCAAAAUAUUAGAUUUUAAAAAAUAUUAAUUCAUUUUUGGAUCAAUAUUAUGAUGGCUAUUUAAUAAAGUAUCCAUAUAAAACUCUAUAAAAGUGUAGUUUGAUAGUUCAAAGACUACAUAGAAUAUAGAUAAAAAAUAUUUUCGACACAAGCGUAUAUAAAUUUAAUAGUUUGCCAGAGCCACUCGCUAUUAAACCAAAGACAACGAAAAAUUUGCAAUUACUCAUUUGACGGUUGUUUAUCCAGUGUCAUAGAUAAUUUUAAAUUCGAAUCGAAGUGUCAAACACGAUUCAAUCUUUUGCACCAUUUAAGUAUUAUUGGACAUGACAAUAUAAUUUUUAUCUAGUCUACAAUAUAUAAUAUAUUAGUGUAAUAAUCUUUUUUCAUAUCUAAAACUAAAGUUUUUAUAUAUGUAUCUGUUGUUUACGUCUGCAGGUCAGGCAAUAUAUCUGCACGUUAAUUAUAAGUGACAAUGUAGGUGCUAUUCGUGGUGCUGAAUUAUAUAUACUAAGAAUAAACUUUAUACACAUUUAAUUUCUCAGUAAAGGAUGGCAAUUAUGUACAUAAUUUAUCUAUACUAAUAUUAAAAAUCUGAAGAGUUUUGUGAACUCAUUUCCGAAACUAUUCCAAUGGACAACCUUUGCAUAGUCUGUUAUGUCAAAGAUUAUGACACAUGACAUCCAUACAAGAGCGAAGAUUUUUAGUAAUUUUAUAUCAACAAAUUUUGCCUUCCUUCCUUUUUUAGCGAUUAAUAAUUAUAUAUGUUAUUUACGCUCAUAUCACAAGUUAAAUCAAAAUAUAGUUUCACAUGAGAACGCGUUGUAUAACUGAUUAUAACAGCUGGCGUUAAAAUAGCAAAAUUCUGAAAUGAAACGCGUUUUCAUCUCAUAAAACUGUAUUUCUUAUAAGUAAAUUCUAUGUUAAGACGAAAUUGCACUUAUAUAGGUAUCACAUGACACUAAUGUAAAUUUGUAUUAUAUAGUUCAUCGAUUAUGUUAAGCGCGAAGCUCUCAAAAUUACUUUUAGUGAAAAUAAACUCAAAAUCUACCAGUA